CUUGGGGCCUUCGGCCGUGCCGGGUUUUGCUUGGUGGUCGCGUGACCCCCGUGUUUUUCCUCGCAGUGCAGUCGGCUGUUUUCGGUUGCACGCUAAGAGGCGCCAUGGCCCCGAGCAGGAGGAAGCGGAAAGCGGAGGCCGUAGCGGACGCAGCCGCGGAGAAGCGGGAGAAGCAGGAGAAGCAGGAGAAGCAGGCGGACGGCGUGGACGGCGUGGAGGAGAUAGUCAUUGAGCAUUGCACGAGCUGACGCGUCUAUGGGCGCAACGCCGCGGCCCUGAGCCAGGCGCUGCGCACGGAGGCGCCCGAGCUGCCAGUGAGGGUGAACCCCGCCAAGCCUCGGAGGGGCAGCUUCGAGGUGACCCUGCAGCGUCCGGACGGCAGCCGGGCGGAGCUCUGGACUGGCAUUAAGAAGGGACCACCGCGCAAACUCAAAUUCCCCGAGCCUCAGCAGGUGGUGGAAGAGCUGCAGAAGUACCUGUCUUGAGGCGUCUGGGGCCGAAGUCCUCGUGCUGAGCUCUCUGCCCCUGGUGAUCUUGGAGCAUUCGUGACGGCACAUGGCCAAACUUCAGUCGUGUGCCUGAAGCUGUAGCUUCUUCCUCUCCAGAAAUGAUGGUUCAGCCUGAGGCAGCCCUCUAGUAAGGCUUUGCAAAAUUUCCUACCCUUGGUUUCUUUAAUAAAGGUUAAGAUAAAGCA